CUCAUGUCACCGGUAGUGCCCGGGCAGGGACAGGAAUUCCUUUCGGGAAAUUGAGAUUCGGCCUUUACGGAAACCUGGCCUCAAACUGGAUAAUUGUGAAAGGAAGGAGAAAAGGAAAGUCCCCACAUACGGAGGGAUUCUGAACGGGAAAACAGGUGUAGCUGCGUCUACUGGGUCUUCCUCUCAGGCCAGUACCGCAACACUGCAACUUUCCACGCUUCCUGUUUGGGGCUAAAACGCUGUCGCAGUUUUUUUUUCCUUGAGGCACUAAAUUUUUUUUUCUAUAUUAUUUUGUGAGAUUUAUUUCCUUUUCAAGUCCGGAACACAUGGAUUUGGUUUACUGAGCAAAUAUUACCUGGGGCCCUGACUCUUACAGGUGAGGUCAAGAGGUUAUGUACUUAUUAAUGUGACCGGACCGGACCAUACGGCUCAACGGAAUUAAUGACCCCGAGAGUGACCAGCGAAUAACCUAAAAUAUAUCAACAAAUGAAAAAAAAUCGUCAAUCUGUCAAAUUACCAAAAAACAAAAUAUUAGGAGAAAAAUGUAUUUGAUACUAAUAAUCUCUCCUAAUCAAAAACAACAUUUUAGACUAGUCUGAGUAAAAGAAAAACUUAUUAUUCAAACCAGAGUCUAUCCGUUGAAUAGUGAAAUGUUUUUCCUACACAAUGUGACAUCAAAAUAGUUUCAUACAAAAUUGAAGAAGAAGAAAGCAAAGGAAGAUGAAAUCGCGCAUUUCUACUGACGUCUGCCCGCAAUUGUAACAACACUGCAUGUCUGGAUAUAAUCAAUUCUUAAGUGAAAUCAAUUCUGUUUUCUAUUGGUGUUUAGACUUGAAAGCUAACUCUGAAUAUGCAAGAUGAAUUCUAUCCUGAUAGAUGUUGAAGAACAUUUCCAUCUGUAUCUGGAAUGGACUACUUCCAUUGGUAUUCCAUCCCUAACAGUUUAAAAUCUCAUUCGUAUUGCAACAACACUUUUCGACAUUGUUAGAAACUUAAAACCAAAACAUUUUCACGGACUUCAAAAGUUUCCAAAGGCUGGUGUCAGAAUGCAAGGUUUAAUGCAACAAGAUUAUUACCGGGCCUGUAGCACAUUCUCAUCUCUCCCUGGGAUGAUGUUUCCAGACUCGGCCUACACUAAAAAUGCCUGGUCUCCACAACCCAGUCCGCAGACACAAGAUUCAACAUUUCCUAAACUGGCAUUGUCUGGUCCACCACCCCCAGUACCUAAACCAUAUUCGCCAACAUUCACUACCGUGGGUAAAUCUUCCUUGGAGUCUGGCAUUCACGGGUCGCAAUGGAGACCACCUCAAAGCUACACUAACCCGUUGACACCAAUUUCUAAAAGUCCAUUAGACAAUAACCACGCUCCAUGGAGGCCUCAAGGUUCCGGUCAGAUCCAACUCUGGCAGUUCCUACUUGAGCUACUCUCUGACUCGGCCAACGCCGCCUGCAUCACGUGGGAGGGCACCAACGGCGAGUUCAAGCUGGUGGACCCCGACGAGGUGGCCAGGAGGUGGGGCGAGCGCAAGUCUAAGCCCAACAUGAACUACGACAAGUUGAGCCGGGCCUUGCGGUACUACUACGACAAGAACAUUAUGACCAAAGUCCAUGGCAAGAGAUACGCAUACAAAUUUGACUUUGCUGGGCUCGCCCAGGCCAUGCAGCCUUCCAGCGCGGAUCCGUCCGCCUAUAAGUACCAGCAGGAUUUCUUGAUGUCGUCCUACCAAUACCAUCACCACCAUCACCAUCCUCACAACCAGAAGCUCAACUACCUGAAUCCGCAUUCGCCCAUCUCCAAUACUGGACCACCUAGCCUCUUCCCGCCUCACACUGGCUACUGGCCAGGCAGCCCCGGUUCGAACCUCUACCACAACAUUCCCAACCACGCGAUGCCAACGCACCCUGGACACAUGGCGCCCCCUCUCGGGCCUUAUUACCCAUACGACAGAUGGGAGGCUUGACCUCUGGCCACUACGACUCUUCCAUCCAGAAAACACCAUGUUGGAACAUCCCGUAACACUCCACUGACCAUCCCGCAACUACGUCCACUGACCUCAUGAGCUUAGCAUUUGACCGGAUUAAAGAUCACGUGAGUGGGAUUUACCACUGCACAAAUGACCUUAGGAAAAAAAAUGCCUCACUGAGGAAAACUUCCAACAAGACAAAAUAUACAUAUACAAACUUUUCGAGUGCCUGAAAUUUUCCUUCAAGAUUUUGUGUUGUUUGUUGUGUACAACUUUCGUUUCGUGUUAUGGCUCUCGUGUGAUUUACAACUGGAUUUUGUUUCCAAGUCAGCUGUCAGUUUGGUUUAACAUUGUUAAAACAAGGCACAUUUUGGUUGAAUGUUGGGAUUCGCUAGUUUAACUAUUGACAACUGUAGUUUGAUGACUACACUAGUUUUUACUUCCCCAAUGUAAGCCUGUGAGUGUGUGCGUGAAUGUGUGUGUGAGUGAAUAUGCUAAUUUUUUAAUUAGUCUCCAGAUGAACAAUAACUUCAGUUACUAACUUCUGGGGCAGUGUAGGGUAACUGGACCGGUCUAAAACUAUUAUCUUUAUAGCCUGGACUACGCACAGUAGUGACUUCAGCCAUAAAGGAACCUAUUGUGGGAGAAGAACAUCUAAGGUCAUCAUUAUCUUGGAAAAUUUGCUGUGAGCUUGACAGUGUUGAGUGAGAUUUGAACUUGUGUAAAACACAGACGUGAUGUAGAUAUGUUGUAAGGUGAUCAAAAUAUUGUAUUUUGACCAAAAUUAAGAGAUAAAUUAAAAUCUGUGGCAUUUUGCGUCUGCGAAAAUUACCGUUUCCCUUUGCUACUUCUUGUGUGACAAAAUAGACCAAUCCUUGAUACACAGCUGUGGUCACAGGUUUGGCCUAUGUAAUCACCAGGCGCUGUUGCAUUUUCACCCUUCUUUCUACUACUGUUGUGUAUGGCAUUUGCUAUCCUAGACCCUUCCUUUAGGCUCGCUCUCCAUGUGGAUCUAACCAGUACCACUUUUUCCCAGCUGCUAGUGUCGAUUUUGAAGAGCUACAUAUCGCGUUUGCGUACAUCCGUAUACCGUAAAAGUGGGCGACCAGCGGCUCUCCUGCCUUCUAUUACAUCGCCAUAACGUAACUUGAACUCUGGUUAAUUGUUAUUUAAAUUGAAUUCUAGUCAUUACAAUAUUUUUGAAAAAGAAAUCUUUUUAGCUCGUAAAUACUUUUUGUUCUUGGUGCUCAAUAAGGUAUAAAGAAUUUCGAUCACGCGGUAAAGGUGGAGAGUAUCUCCAUAACUCACCUGCAACUUCAGAGCCCAGUGUGUAGAAGUUCUUUAGGCACACACCCAUAGAGUCCCUUCACACAAAGUCGCACAUAGACCAGUACAUAGUCAGAGCUGACAUUCAUUUAGUCAUACGUAUACAUACACGCAUUCACAUCCAUCCAUCCAUACAUACAUACAUACAUACAUACAUACAUACAUACAUACAUACAUACAUAUAAUCUGAAUGGCCCUGUAUCAACUAAAAUAUGUUUAAAUAUGUAUGAAAUAUCAACAUGUUUAAAUUAAUGAUAAUAUUUUAUAUUCAAAGAUCAAUAUUGCAUCUACUAUGAAAUGAUUUUGUUUCAUAUAAAUACAAUGGCUCAAAUGAUUUGUUCUAUUCCCUGUAUAUAGUCGCUUGAAAGAAAAU